GUAAAUCCCACCUGGCCAUCGUCCAGAAAGUCAACAACGAGGGGGAGGGGGAUCCGUUCUACGAGGUGCUGGGUUUGGUGACGCUGGAGGACGUCAUCGAGGAGAUCAUCAAGUCGGAGAUCCUGGAUGAGUCCGACCUUUACACCGACAACAGAAACAGGAAGAAGGUGGACUCCAAUAAAAACAAGCCCAACUUCUCGGCCUUCAAGCAGGACGCAGACAGCAACGUGAAGAUCUCUCCGCAGCUCAUGCUCGCGGCUCAUCGCUUCCUGGCGACAG